CGCAACACGGCCGGCUCCCAGACAACUGACAGUUAUUCCGGAAGUCAGUCGCGGCGGGAUAUUCAAAUCCGUAAGAUAAACACAGAGAAGCGGCGCCGAGCUCCAGGGCUGAUUGAGAGCAACUGCGCGUGCAGGAAUGGAGUGUAAGGCCGGAGGGGCGCCCACCGGGGCUGCAUAUGAGCGCCUGACCGCUGAUGAAAUGGACGAGCAAAGGAGACAGAAUAUUGCGUACCAGUACCUGUGUCACCUGGAGGAAGCCAAACGAUGGAUGGAGGCCUGCCUCAAGGAAGAACUGCCCCCGCCAACUGAGCUGGAGGAGAGCUUGCGUAAUGGCGUCACUCUUGCUAAGCUGGGAAGCUUUUUUGCUCCAGAGAUUGUCCCAUUAAAGAAAAUCUAUGACAUUGAGCAGAUGCGCUAUCAGGCAACUGGUCUUCAUUUCCGCCACACAGACAACAUCAACCAUUGGCGCAAAGCCAUGUGCCACAUUGGGCUUCCUACGCUUUUCCAACCCGAAACAACAGAUAUAUAUGACAAGAAAAACAUGCCUCGGGUUGUGUACUGCAUCCAUGCUUUGAGCUUGUACCUUUUCAGACUAGGCCUUGCUCCACAAAUCCAGGAUUUAUAUGGAAAAGUGAACUUUACAGAGGAAGAAAUAAACAACAUGAAAUGUGAGCUGGACAAGUACGGGCUCCAGAUGCCGGCAUUCAGCAAGAUCGGUGGGAUUCUGGCUAAUGAGCUGUCCGUCGAUGAAGCAGCAGUUCAUGCUGCUGUCCUUGCUAUAAAUGAAGCCGUUGAAAGAGGGGUGGUGGAGGAAACCAUGUCUGCCCUCCGAAAUCCCAACGCCAUGCUAUUAAACUUGAGUGAGAAAUUGGCAGCAGUUUAUCAGGAGUUUUUAUCUCAAGCCAAAUCCAUGAAAGUAGCCAACGCACGGAAUAAAGCUCUUCAGAAUUCACCAGAGACCCAGGAUAUAUACGAUCAAUGUCUCACUCAGGCUGAGAUACAGGGAAACAUCAACAAAGUCAAUGUAAAUGCUGCCUUGGAAUACGUGGAUGAAGCUUUGGAGAGAAAGGAUUCCCAGGCUCUCUACGUUGCUCUGCAGGACCCUGUUCUGAUGCUCCGCAGGGUUCACAGGGAGAAUGCAGAAUGGUACUUGGAGCAACUCACCAUGGAUCGGGAACAGAAGGGCUUGGAGCUGGGCUAUAUGGAUCUACUGGAGAGAGAGGAGAUCCAGGCAGGCGUGGAUGUAGCCAAUGAAACUGCAACCAGAGAACAUGCCAUGGGUAAGGCAGUCGCACGCAUCAAUGCAGCCCUUCGACAAGGGGACCCGGCACAAACGGUUAAGGAGCUGUCUAACCCAGACGCACAGCUUCCUGAUGUCUACUCCUUCUCUGCUCAUCUCUAUCAGCAGGAGCUGUCUGUGCUGCAAGGGCAGAGCCCACAGGGUGCUCUGGUACAAGAGGAGCUGUAUGUGGCAGUUGAGAUGCUUUCAGCUGUAGCUCUGAUCAAUCGGGCCAUAGAAGCCGGGGAUUUAAAUGGAUUUUGGGCCAAUCUAGUGAGUGCAGCUCUGGGGUUGUCCGACGUGGAGGAAGAAAACCUUCAGAGGUAUUUCAACAAACUAACCAAGUUGAAACGCCAGGAAGGUUCCCCAUUCCUGAGCUGGAAUGAUCUGCAGACCUGCGUCAAUAACACUAACCUCUCCACACAAGAGGAGCAUGACAAAAUCCUGGCAGUCAGCCUGAUUAAUGAAGCCCUAGGGCAGGGCGACCCACAGAAAACAUUCUCUGCUUUGCUAAUGCCAGCGGCAGAGCUCUCAGAUGUCACCCUUCCAGUGGCCUGUUUGUAUCAUCGCAUUCUCACUGGUGCCCUAAGGCGCAAAAAGCAGAUAACCAGAGAUGACAAUGCAGUGCUUUGGUUAGAAGAAAUCAAGCAAGGUGUUUCCCAAGCAAAUCUGGAGAAUGCAAGAGCACAAAAAAUGGCCCUUGGAGUGGCAGCCAUCAACCAAUCCAUAAAGGAAGGGAAGGCCUCCCAGACCGUGCGAGUCCUGCGAAAUCCUGAUGCUCUGCUCUCUGGGGUGGUGAUGGAAUGUGCCCAGGCCUAUCAGAAUGAACUUGCCAGGAUAAUGAAUGUAAAGAGGAAAAAUGGUGAUGCAACCAACUACUGGGUGAAACACACUGUUAAGGAAAGAGGAGAUUUUUACUUCCAUUUGCGCACAUUUAACGGCACGUGGGACAAGCCUUCAGGUUUCAGCCCUAAUACCACCCACUUAUCCCGGGAGGAGAUCCAGUCUGCAGUCAACAAAGUGACCAGUGGAUUCAAGCGGGAGCGACAGUGGGAAGCCAGCGCUGAUUUUGUGGUGAAGCUUCAAGCGCGAAUAAGAGGUUACCUUGUCCGCAAGUCCUACGCUGAAAGGCUGCACUUGUUGCACAGACAGAUUCCUGCGGUCACCCUAAUCCAGGCCCACUGGAGGGGUUACAGGCAGCGGAGGGCUUACCUGCAGAGACUGAGCUACCUGCGCAGAAACACGGCCGCCAUCAUUAAGAUCCAGUCCCUGGCGAGGAUGUGGCUGGCUCGGAGGAAAUACCGCCAUCGGCUCCGGUUUUUCAGGAGGAACAUUGCCAGUGUGAUUAAAAUCCAGGCGUUCUUUAGGGCUAGCAAGGCCAGAGAAGACUACAGAAUGCUGGUCCAUGCCAAGAACCCCCCACUCGUCACCCUCCGAAAGUUUGCUCAUCUCCUGGAGCAGAGCGAAAGGGACUUCUGGGAGGAACGGGAAGUUAUGAAGCUUCGAGAGGAGGUGGUAAAAAAGAUACGGUCCAACCAACAUCUAGAGAAUGACCUCAAUCUGAUGGACAUUAAGAUUGGGCUGCUGGUCAAGAACAGGAUCACGUUGCAGGAAGUGGUUUCCCACUGCAAGAAACUGACAAAGAAGAACAAAGAGCAGCUGUCCGAUCUUAUGGCCAUUGAUAAACAGAAAGGGCUGAAGUCUCUGAGUAAGGAGAAGCGACAGAAGCUGGAGGCCUACCAGAACCUCUUCUAUCUGCUACAGACCCAGCCGGAAUACAUGGCCAAGCUAAUCUUCCAGAUGCCUCAGAACAAGUCCACUAAAUUCAUGGAGUCGGUAACGUUCACCCUGUACAACUAUGCAUCCAAUCGCAGAGAAGCCUAUCUUUUGCUCAAGCUGUUCCGGACCGCCCUACAAGAGGAAAUAAACUCCAAAGUUGACAAAGUGCAAGAUAUCAUAACCGGUAACCCGACAGUCAUACGCCUGCUGGUGAGUUUUUACCGCAGCGCCCGGGGGCAAAAUGCCUUGCGCCAGAUUUUGGGAAACGUGGUUAAGGAAGUGCUUCAGGACAAAGCAUUAAACAUAAGAAUGAACCCUGUGGAGAUCUACAAGACUUGGAUCAAUCAAGUGGAGACUCAGACUGGCAAGAAGAGCACUCUGCCCUAUGAUGUUACUCCAGAACAAGCGCUCACGCACCAGGAAGUUCAGAGGCGCAUGGACAUAUCCAUCCGAAAUCUGAUUGCAGUGGUGGAUAAGUUCUUCUCCACCAUCUUGGCCAACGUUGAUCAGAUCCCGUACGGCAUGCGUUACGUUGCCAAAGUGCUGAAUAAUUCCCUGAGCCAAAAAUUCCCUAGUGCCAAAGAGCAUGAUAUCCAUAAGAUUGUAGGCAACUUGCUGUAUUACCGUUUCAUGAACCCGGCUGUGGUAGCCCCAGAUGCCUUUGAUAUCAUUGACCUCUCUGCUGGGGGGACACUUCACCCCGACCAGAGAAGAACUCUCGGCUCCAUUGCCAAAGUUCUCCAACACGCCGCUGCCAACAAAAUGUUCGAUGAUUCUCAUCUCGGCCUCCUCAACCAGUAUCUAGAGGAGACAUACUGGAAGUUCAGGAAGUUUAUCCGCACUGCAUGUACUGUGCCAGAGCCAGAAGAAAGAUUCAAUAUAGACGAGUAUUCGGAGAUGGUGAACAUGACUAAACCUGUCAUUUACAUCACUGUUGGGGAGCUGAUUGAUACACACAAGCUAUUGGUAGAACAUCAGGAUUCAAUCGCUCCUGACCAUAAGGAUCCAAUCCAUGAGCUUCUGGAGGAUAUUGGGGAGGUGCCUACAGUCCAGUCUCUGAUUGGUGAAAGUACCUCAAACCUCAGUGAUGUCGGCUCAGAACAAGCUCUGGCUCAGCUGAGGAAGCUGGAGAUGUCCCUCACUCUGACCAACAAGUUUGACAUGAUGGAAAGCAACGCAGAAGAGAUGGACGCUCAAGGACUGUUACUGAGCACAAAACACAUGCUGGUAGACGUUAUCCAGACUCAGCCUGGAGAUUCUCUGGCAGAACUUCUGUACACUUCCGCUUCAGCCCAGCAGGAAGCAUCGCAUCUCUACUUGAUGAAUCAACGAGCUCGGCGAGAAGCCAAGACCCCAGAAAAAAUGAAGCGCCAUCGGUCACUGCUGGGCAACAGCCAACUUAGCAUCGAGGAGAAGAAACGCAGGAUUAUCCGCAACCUGAGGAGGCUGGAGAGCCUGGGGCUGGUGUCCUCUGAGAAUGAGUAUCAGGAGAUUAUCAACAUGAUUGCUAAGGAUAUUCGGAACCAGAGACGAUACCGUCAGCACCGUAAGGCGGAACUGGUGAAGCUCCGGCAGACGAUGCAGAGACUACAUUGCAAGACUGCUUUCCACGAGGAGCAGAUCGAUUUCUACAAUCAGUACAUCAAGACCUGCCUCGAUAAUCUGGCAGCCAACCAUAAGAAUUCUGGGAAGAAUAAAAAGCAGGCGUCCCUCAAUUACACAGCAGCCAGACUCCACGAAAAGGGGGUUCUUCUAGAAAUCGAAGACCUCCCGUUCAGCCAAUUCCGCAACGUCAUUUUUGACAUAACCCCUUGUGAUGAACCUGGAAAGUUCCAAGUCAAGACGAAGUUCUUGGGGGUCGAUAUGGAGAAAUUCCAACUUCACUACCAGGAUCUCCUGCAGCUGCAGUAUGAAGGAGUGGCCGUAAUGAAGAUGUUUGAUAAAGCCAAGAUCAACGUCAACCUGCUCAUAUUCCUGCUCAACAAGAAGUUCUUCCGGCAUUAACAGACCUUUUUGUUCAUUCUUUCUCUUGGAAGUACCUCAUGAAAGAAACCCUUCCAGCCAUUUGCCGGAAUUCCAGGUUAUAUUGGAACAUUUUAAGACGACCCACUCAGAGUGGUGAUAAAAUGGACUUCACCGUUUGUUAAAGGUGUAGAAUGCAGAAGGACUCCCUUAGUCCAAAUCUACACAGAGCAGAAUGGUUGAUCAACAUAAGGAUUGGCUGGAGCUGGCGAUUCACAAAUCUCAACUGCUCGAUGUCUGUGUGCCAAGUUGUAUUUAUUGUUGCCAUUUCAGCAGUAACUGCCGGAAUCCCUCUGAUUCAAACCUAAGAACCAAAUUGUAUUUGCUCCAGGCAGAGCAUAUAGCACUGGCUGCUGUAUUUAUAUAUACAUAUCUAUAUAAUUAUAGAUUAGAGACGUAUGUACCCAGAUAACCAUGCUUACAAAUAGUAAUGCAUUGUACUUCGGCCCUCCUCAUCAUUUCAGGCUUCUUAAGCAUUUUCUAAUGAGGGUGAUGGGCUGUUUAAUUUUGUUUAACCAGUAAAUUGUAGAGUGGCAGAUGAUCACCUGCCAAAUAUAUAGACAAAAGUAGAACCAAGGGUGAGGUUUUAGAAGCCAUUUUAUUGGGUUACAUUUGCCUACUUCUUGUUGCACUGCCUUUUAUCACUUCAUCGUCAUGUUCUGCCAUCAGCACUGGAUUAUUUUGCUGGUGUUGUUUAUGUAGGCCACAACUUAGAACUGCAUUAUGCAACAACUAUCUGACUAGCACUGAUCCAUGGCGGCUGAACAUCACUAGUACUACUAGUCCAUGGGGUCAGCUCUUGGGAUGCAGUAGAGCCUUUCAAGGCAGAACCUCUAUGCUCAGUGGAUCACCAUUGCUGUUAGGAGAUGCAAGAACCUGGUCUUCAUCGAGACAUGUUCAGGGCAUGCACAAUGCAGUCCUAAGCCAUUACCAAGGCCUGCUUCCGAUUCUGUAUACUUUUAUUUUUUCCUAUAUGUAAAUGUUUUCACAAACACUAAAAUGCUUUUCGGUUAAACUUUUUGUCAGAUCUUGAAGAAAAAAAAAAAAGCUCCUCCUUAAUUGGAUUAUUCAUGUUUUUGAGUUAGCGACCAGUUUGACGAACUGCCUAGUCUGGCCGUUUAGAUGAGACUAUUACUGCAAAAUGAUUGGCUGCAGAUGGUUAAAGGAUGGCCGUGCAUGAUAUCAGGUUAGUCGGUCCUUACUCCUGUUCUACACAAUAAUGUGUUCUAGUUAUAAUGUAAAACUGCUUCUUUAGGGUAUUGCCAUGAGUUGAAUACUUAUCCAAAUUAUUGCAGAUUAAUACUAAUAAGUGUAAAAAUACUUUUGGAUUAAGCACCUUAAUAUAUAAUCCGGCCCCGUUCCUUGUCUGGACCUAGAACAUUGCUUCUUCCACAUAUACCAGUGGAACGUGCCAUAUUAGGAGGCCUAAAAGGACCAGCCGUGUCAUUGCUAGAUUAGAUUUCAAUGAUUUCAAUACAAAUCAAUCAUUUACACAAUCUCUUGGAUUCCCAUAAGCACCAUGGAAUUAAGAAGGCAGGCACUGUGGGAGAUCUUGUGUGUUAUAUAUAUUUUUAUGUUUUUCAAUCAUGACAUCACUGGUCUUUUUGUGCUUCCCCCUAAAUCCCCCUUUACGAUUGGGCCCCUGGAUGUGUCUGAACUACAACUCCCAUUAAUCUUUAACAUGUAAGUAAGGGUUAAAGUAUGUAGAAAGUUGUAGUCUAACAAUAUCUGGGGACCAAAGAUUACCCUACAUAUUUGGGGGGGGGGGAGCUGUUUGUUUACACUUAAUCACCCUUUGCUUUGGCCGUCCAGCUGUUGUAUUGCACUUGUGUAUCCACGAUUGUCCCCUUCCUAAAUCUGUGCCUUCUUUUCCAUGUUAAACCUUUCAAUAAAGCCACAUUUUAUAUAAA